AUACAUGAUAAGUAGGUUUUGGGUCACUCUAGUAAACUGAGCCAUUCUGGGAAUUUUUAACUUUCUACUGUGAUUAUGUAGAGAAUGGCUGUCACACCAACAGAAAUAUGCUACCUGGCUGGUCCCUUGUGAGAACCAAUGAGGUGAUGUUUGUGUAAAGCUCAAUGGUCAGACAGCUUCACUCGGGAGGUGCUAUGUAAAUCAGGAGGCUUAUGAUGGCACCCAAAGACAGAAUCCUGCCCAGACCUGCAAACGGUGUUCCCCCAAUUAAGUCCUCACUUCACAUCCCAUAAAAAGCAGAGAACGAUGGGCUCACCCCAAGGAAUCUUUUUCUUCUAUAAAGUUAUUUGAUAAAAGUGUAAAACAUUAGUGCACAUACUGUUUUCCUUAUUGUAAAACACUUCUAAAACUGUUUCACCUUUCAAGGGUUAAAAUGGGAACUGAGUUGAUUAUGAAAUAGCUCUAAUGAAAUACACCCCUUCUGAAUAUCACAAGUCUAAACAUUGGACUCAGAUUCUUCUGAGAAGGGUGAUAAUUAAAGCAGCAGUCUCUCAGAUCUGAGUUUUCAAGGAGGUGGGAUUGGGGACAUGUAACACCGAUUAAAGGGGAAGGAAAAAAAAAAUGACUGAGAAACCAGAAUAGCAAAAACAAAUAAAGAGAGUGGCCAUUUGGCAGAUUUCAGAGUUUCAAGUGAACAAUGAGGGAGAAAUAGUGGAAGUUGUGGGAAGGUAGAGAGGGUGGGAUCCAGGACCUAUGGAAGGCCUUCCAAGGAAGGAGUGGUAGUCCAAAGGGAGAGGAAGGGAGGGGUAAGGAAAUAACUGUGAGAUUUAAAAAAAAAAAAAAAGAAAAGAAAAGAAAGAAAGAAAUAGCUGCAAAAUUCAACCAGUGAGCAGCGAUACCACUAGGCAAGAAACCAUUGUGAAUGGGGUAAGUUUGGGCAGUUGCUUAUUUUGUUGGAUUUAGCAGGAGUUGGGAUGGAGUGGUGGUCUCCAAAGUACCGUGCCGACUUGGAGCCAAUGAAGUGGUGUUUGCAGGUCAGAGAAGCACUCCAGUUCCCAGGCAGGGUUAAUGUGGCAGCCCAUAAACAAGGCCAUGACAUAGAGGAAUGUUGCUGCUCUUCCAGCUGCUAAAUUGGGGUCAGUCAGAAGCCAGGGUUGUGUUGUGUUGGCUGGGAUGUCUAGAAACUUUCUUACUAGGUUAUAAAAGUGAUUUUGUCCAAAGCUUGCAAAUGGCACACGAUGAAUCAGAGAAGCAGCAGUGCCCACCUGUGGGGAUCAUUUCAAAGCUGUCCACUGCACGAUGCCAUCCAUUUUCUGACAGGGAAGCAGUGAAUGGCUUUUGGAAGGAUAGAGAGCCAAAUCCCAUUUCCACUGACGCUAUACCUAACUUCUGGGGGUUUCCCUCAUUAACAAGUCUGAUGGUAAGCAGACUCCCUAAAGAAUUUCAGACUGAAGGUUUUUAUGGGUAGAACUGGUUUAAAUUAUUUGACCACUUAACCAUAGCUCUGACUUGAUGAUCAGGCUGAUAACCCUAGAAGUACAGGAGCAAUUACUGGACAUUCCUACCCUUGCCACCUAUCCCAGCAUGCUUUCGGAUCGCCUCCUUUGUACAUCCGGUUAAAGAUAUGGGGGAGGAGAAUGGUUCCUUGUGUUUCUCAGCAGUGGAAUUUUAGCUGGCUUGUUUCAACAUGUGGAAGGGUUAAUUAGGCAAAUUAUAAUUGCUGCUGGGAGAGGCAUUCUAGCUGAAGUCUGACAGUUCUCAGGGCUGCUGCGAAAAGAAUCACUCUUACAAUCUUUAAUUGUGUUCCCCUCUUUCCCAAAGAUGGGUUCUUAACAUAACAUUAAGACCAGUAGGGGCUGGAGUUGUGGCUCAGUGGUGGAGCACUUGCUAGCAUGGUGUGUGAGGCACUGGAUUCGAUUCUCAGCACCUCAUAAAUAUAAAUAAAGUCCAUUGACAACUAAGAAAAAAAAAAAACAAUAGGAUGAUACAUUGUACAUUCCUGAUUUGUGUGUGUUCUCUUUGUUCCUGUUUCUUAAAAAUUCUCAGGCAACCUUUCCUUGAAAACAUAAUUGCACUGAAUUUUUUUUUUUUCAUAAAGGACUAAAUUGGUUUUUGUCAUUGUUUAGUUCAUGGAAUCAUUCUGUCGUCUUAGGUGUUUUUGUAAAUGAAGAUGUGGACUGCGUCAGCUGUACUAUAGUUCAUCUUGGAGGAGGGACGGAGGGAGAACUGUUGUGUUUGGUGGAGGUGCUAGAACAUCACAGAACCUACCUCUUUUUGACUAGUACUGUCUUUUGUCUUCCUUCCGUUGUUCUUUUUCAUGGUAUCAUCUAUCCCUAUUUUGUGAAACAGUCAAAUCUGUUUUCACUAUAUAUCUUCUAGCAUUUAGUUAGCCAGGUUUUUUGAAGUGUUGGAUGCUGUUUUGUAUUCCAUGAAUGAGUCAAUUGACCAAGUGUAGGCAGCUACUAAACUGGCAGCUGGUUGCCAUCAGCAUGCCCUUGCACAGGAAGUGCUCAGUAUAGAUAUGACUAACCAGUUUCCAGGCUUAAAAAUAAAGUGGGGGAUUUCUGGAUAGAAUCGGUCUUUGUCAGUCAUUUUAACAGAGCUGAUGAGUGUUGAAGUUCACAGCCAACCACAUGCUUUUUUCUUAUUUCCCAGGCCAUCAUUUCACCAGACUUUGUGUAUUAAUGCAGAUUUAAACUUAUUUCUGGUUUUGGUGUUUCGUUGGUCUUUUAAAAUGAAAUAAGAGGAUAUUUGAAGAGUUGUGAGAAUUAGCUAGAGUCAGUAUUCUCUCCUUGUUUCCUCUUUUGUUUUUAGCUCCUUUUAAGUCAUCACCUCCUAAAUUAGGUAAUAAAAAAUUAAGCUUGCUGGGAAUGGUGGCGCAUGCCUGUAAUCCCAGCAACUCAGGAGGCUGAGGCAGAAGGAUUGAAAGUAAGAGACCAGCCUCAGCAGUUAAGUAAAGCCUUAAGCAACUUAAUGAGGCCUUGUCUCAAAAUAAAAAAUAAAAAAGGGCUGGGAUGUAGCGCAGUAGUUAAGCACCCCUGGGUUUAAUCUCCAGUAGCAGAAAAGAAAAAGAAAAAAAGUGGCUUACACAGUAUGGCCGGCGACAUUAGCUAGCGCUCGCUCUACUCUCUGUAACGGGAAAGCAGCGGACUACAAGAGACUGAACUGUAUCUGCCUCUAUUUCCAACAGACUCACAUUCAACUUUCGCUCACACACACAAAGCCGGGAAAAUUUUAUUAAUCCUUUUUUAAAAAAAUUUAAUAUAAAAUUAUAGCAAAAAAAAAAGGAACCUGAACUUUAGUAACAGCUGAAACAAUCCGCAGUGGCGGCGGCGGCGGCAGCGGCGGGAGAAGAGAUUUAAUUUAGUUGAUUUUCUGUGGUUGUUGGUUGUUCGCAGUCUCACGGUGAUGGAAGCUGCACAUUUUUUCGAAGGGACCGAGAAGCUGCUGGAGGUUUGGUUCUCCCGGCAGCAACCCGACGCAAACCAAGGAUCUGGGGAUCUUCGCACUAUCCCGAGAUCUGAAUGGGAUAUACUUUUGAAGGAUGUGCAAUGUUCAAUCAUAAGUGUGACAAAAACUGACAAGCAGGAAGCUUAUGUACUCAGUGAGAGUAGCAUGUUUGUCUCCAAGAGACAUUUCAUUUUGAAGACAUGUGGUACCACCCUCUUGCUGAAAGCACUGGUUCCCCUGUUGAAGCUUGCUAGGGAUUACAGUGGGUUUGACUCAAUUCAAAGCUUCUUUUAUUCUCGUAAGAAUUUCAUGAAGCCUUCUCAUCAAGGAUACCCACACCGGAAUUUCCAGGAAGAAAUAGAAUUUCUUAAUGCAAGUUUCCCAAAUGGAGCAGCAUAUUGUAUGGGACGUAUGAAUUCUGACUGUUGGUACUUGUAUACUCUGGAUUUCCCAGAGAGUCGGGUAAUAAGUCAGCCAGAUCAAACCCUGGAAAUUUUGAUGAGUGAGCUUGACCCAGCAGUUAUGGACCAGUUCUACAUGAAAGAUGGUGUUACUGCAAAGGAUGUCACUCGUGAGAGUGGAAUUUGUGACCUGAUACCAGGUUCUGUCAUUGAUGCCACACUGUUCAAUCCUUGUGGGUAUUCAAUGAAUGGAAUGAAAUCGGAUGGAACUUAUUGGACUAUUCACAUCACUCCAGAACCAGAAUUUUCUUAUGUUAGCUUUGAAACAAACUUAAGUCAGACCUCUUAUGAUGACCUGAUCAGGAAAGUUGUGGAAGUCUUCAAGCCAGGAAAAUUUGUGACCACCUUGUUUGUUAAUCAGAGUUCUAAAUGUCGCACAGUGCUGUCAUCACCCCAGAAGAUUGAAGGUUUUAAACGUCUUGAUUGCCAGAGUACUAUGUUCAAUGAUUACAAUUUCGUUUUUACCAGUUUUGCCAAGAAGCAGCAACAACAGCAGAGUUGAUUAAGGAAAAUGAAGAAAAAACGCAAAAAGAGAACACACAUAGAAGGUGGUGGCUGCUUUAUAGAUGAUGAUACUGGGGGCCAUGCUUUCCAUGACCACCACCUUGUAGUUGCAGAAAGCCCUAGAUGUAAUGAUAAUGAUAGUGUAAUCAUUUUGAAGUGUAUGCAUUAUUAUAUCAAGGAGUUAGAUAUCUUGCAUGAAUGCUCUCUUCUGUGUUUAGAUAUUCUAUGCCACUCUUGCUGUGAAAUUGAAGUGCAUGUAGAAAAAAAACUUUUACUGUAUGAAACUUUACAACACUUGUGAAAACAAUUCAAUUCGGUUUAUGCACAGUGUAAUAUUUCUGCAGGUAUCCUCCAAAAUUCCCCACAGACAAGGCUUUCGUCCUCAUUAGGUGUUGUGUUGGCCUCAGCCUAACCAUCUGGGACUGUUCUAUUAUAUUGCUGCCAGAAUUUUACAUCCAAUUACCUCCACUUUCUAGAACAUAUUCUCUAGUAAUGUUAUUGAAUCCAGUUUCUACUUCAUACAGAUGUUUUUUGCAACAGCAAUUAAAUUUUUCUUUCACAAGACAAGUCCUUAAAAUGAUUCCAGUUACUCAUUUUGUGUAUUUACUAUUUUAAUAAUUGUUUCUGCAUUUGUAGUCUUUUGAUUUUUUUUUCCCUCAACCUGGUGUCUUCCCCUCCAGCCCCACAAAUGAAGCAAUAAACUUACACUGUGGGUUUAUAUACUAAUCUUAUAUCCCAAGUGGGGAAAAGUCUCCGGGUUUAAUUUUCUUUUAAGGGCAUAUUAAUUUGGCCUCUUUUUUAAUGGCAUGGGCUCUUUUGGAAGGUAAGUGACAAUAUUAAAUAUUAAUAUUAAAUAUUUCUCACAAAAGAAUUUUAAGCAUCUCCAAUAUUGACUAGCAGUGAGGACAUAGAGUUAUAGAUUUGGGUAUGCUAACUAAACUGUACACCCCAUGUUAUGCUAUGCUCUUUGAUAAAUGAGAUUAGCUUCAAACAGUACCAUGCCUUUCCUAACUUGCUAAGUAGUGAUCUAAAAGGAUUUUUAUCACUAAGUAGAUAAGUAGGGAGAUUUAGUAUAUAGGUUGUCCUGGAUUCAUUAAAUCCUGUCAGCUUGGAUCAUCCACUGUAAGUUUUACUUUUAGUAGUCAUUGCCACUAAUUUCCUAUAAUAGUGUAUUAUAAACUUUGGUUCAAAGCAGAUCAGUGGUUUUCCAUCUUAAGACUUAAAAGUUAUGUGAUUGAUAACUUGUUCUGACUUCAUCUGUUCCCUUAAUAUCUUCCUCCUUCCAUGGUAUUCAAAGAUAAAAUGAAUAACUGCCCAGAAUGAAAAUUGUACAUGUUAUUCAGAUAUUCCCAUGUGUAGCAGAAUGUAUGGAUGGAUUUUUUAAAAUUAAAAUUCUAAAAAUAUUCAGUGAGAAAUGACAAGUAA